AUGAUUCUGAUGGCUCCCUUCCAAGUCAGCAUAUUCUGUGAUUCUGAGCUCUUCGUUAUUGUCAAAGGGAGCUCUGUCUACGUCACUGGUCAACCCAGAGAAGAUGCAGCUGAGGUGCACCUGGCUCCAGGGGCCCAGCCCUGGGCAUGUGACUGGGACGUUGUGGUUCCAGUUCAACCAUCCCAGCCCUGCAGUUGUGCUGCAGAAACCCAAGCUGUGGGACAGAAGGUGGCUUGUGACAAGGUUGUAUCAGGAGCCACAAGAAGCCACGCAGCUGCUUGGUGCCUCUGGCCAACACUUUGCUCUGAAGAAACCGUGCUUGAGCCGAAUACAGAGGGAGCCAAGAGAGACGUGAUGCUGCCUGUGACCCAUGUGCUGGCCUUAGGCACUUGGCUGGUGUCACAGAGUGAGGCUACACCAAGUGCCCCCACAAUCUCCAUCUUCCAGAAGCCACCUGGGGUGAUCCCACCUGGGGGCUCAAUCACCAUCUCCUGCAUUUGCCAGCGUAGCUAUGGCAGCUUUGUGCUGUACAAGGGCAGCCGCCGGCUCCUGGAGCAGAGUGGCAGCAGGGCCGAGUUCUCCAUCUCUCAUGCCACCUACAAGGAUAGAGGUAGCUACAACUGCCAUUACCUGGAGGGAGGCACUGUGCUGGCUCGAAGUACUGAGCUGGAAGUCCUUGUGGAAGAGCUCCGUCUGCCCAGACCCAACCUCUCUGUCCUGCCUGGGCAGAGGGUGACUCCGGGAGCUGAUGUGAAGUUCCACUGCACCACCACACACCCCAGCACCGGCUGUUACCUGUACCUGGAGGGCCAGAUCCGAGCCCAGCUACUCCCCAGGGAACGAGGUGACUACAACCUCUCCCUCGUGCAGGAAGGUGACAGUGGCCGCUACAGCUGCCAGUGCUACACCUUCAAUGCUUCGAUAGAAUGGUCUGCUGUCAGCAACACCCUGGACUUGGUGGUGAGAGAUUACACGCUGUGCAACACCGUGCGCCUGGCGCUGGCGGCCGGGCUGCUGCUCCUGUUGGGGCUCAUUACGGCUGAGGCAGCGCGGAGCCGCUGCUGCCGGGGCUGGGGGAACUGCCCGCUCCCCGCGGGCAGCGCUGCCCCGCCGGGCACCGCCGCGGGACUGCCGCAGUUGUUCCCCUGCAGCCACCCGCGCCGGGAUGAAUAAACCC